AUGGCUGCAAGGACUCAGAUGCUUGAGAUGGUUCGAUUCCAUCGUCAUCUAGACAAGAGAAGAGAAACUGAGGAGAUUACGAAAUUUGACAAUGGUCAUGGAUGGAGUUACAUCGAAAAGUACUUGGAACAUCAAUGCGAACCGAGAAAUUUCUAUCUCGAGAAGGAUGAUCAUAUUAAAACUAUUUUCCCUGUGAGGGAAGAUGAGACUCAGAAAACUAUACUGGAAAAUUGUUCGCGAACUGCACCCGAGAAUUCUUCAAUACACCGAAACCUAGCGGGGCGCAUCUCAGGCAGCAAUGGCUCGAUAAGCAUGAUUAACAAAAGAAGGCACCUAGCCGUCUAUGGGCGCAAAUUCGAGCCCGUCAUUAGCAAACACUUCGUCGCUUAUGGUUUGACCUAG